AUGCAUCCUGUACAUACAGCGUGGCCUGGCCCAGCACCUGCUGCAUGGCAUCAGGGAGCAUCUCGCACGACCACGUCGUCGUGGCACGACUCGCCGCGCCGGGUCGGUGAUGUGGAGGCUCCUCUUGCGCGCGCGUCGAUGGCAGCAGGGCCCAGCACAGUGAAGCGUCAUGCGCACGAGCUCGCCGUCGACCGCGACGGCAAGCGGCACAUCACCGAGCCGCCGUCAGGGUCCGCAUCUCCGGCUCCCGAGGCACCGGAGCGCAUGUACUGCAUCAGCGAGGACAGCCUUGCUUUGAUCGACACGUUCGUGUGCCCUCGCUGCGAGACAAGUACGUCUGACGGCCUGACACCAGCGGUGCCCCACCGCACCUCGUACAAGGUGCCGUGCCACCACGUCGGCUGCAACGAGCCGGCUCGCCUGCCCAUGUCGCGCUACUGCUCGGACCGCUGCGGUAUCGCCGAGGUGCUCGAACGCAUCGAGCAGCUGCCGUACGCACGCACAGCCGCUGAGCGCGCGCGUCUGGCUCCCAAGACAACGGCCAGUGAGCCGACGCGCGGCCUCGUUCUCUGGGCACAGCCGGACCUGGCGACGCCCUCGCCGGACGUGGAUGGCGCGGAUAGCGCGUGGUUUGCGCACAUUCGUGCGCACGUCACGCGCGGUGCGCAGCUCGCUCCCGCACUCGAGCCCGGUACGAGUCUCAGGGCGUACGUACGUGAACACGCGACGCGGCUGGAUCUGUCGUCGUAUGACUUGGCGCGCUGGACGCGCGAGCUUGCGCGCCUCGAUGAGCAGUCGGCCGUGCUGCAUGCACGUGUCGACUUGCUGGCCGCGCGCAGCAAGCUGCUACAGGCUGCCGAGGACCGGCAGUCGACACUUCCGGCCGUCGACGACAACGGCGCCAGCUGCCCGCCGUGUGGCUUUGACGAGCGCCUGUGUUGGGACGACGAGGCGCUCCUUGCAUGGCUUGGCACGCCGGAAGGACAGGCAUGCAUCGGCGAGUCACGCACGGUGCCGUCGCCGGGUCCGGCGACAGCCACUCUCUGCCUCGUCGCCAAGCGGAGGUGCAAGCGACACGCCGACUGGUCGGCUGUACGUGGCGCCGAGCUCGACUUGCUGCGCGACGCACAGACGCAGCACCUGAGCGCCCUCUCGGAGCGCGCGCAGCAAGUGCGCCUCGCGAUGCAGCAUGCAUAG